AUGGACAUCUCAACAUUCGCCAAAGAGCAUGUCUCCCAAAUCACCGCCACCAUUGGACUAGUCACAUUUGCAAUCGUCAAGAACAAGCUCACGCCGGCUGGCAUCAUUGCGGGAAUCUUCGUAGCUUUCAUUCACAUGCUUCACCCCUGGCCAGCAUUCUUCUGGCUUCUAAUCCUGUUCUUCUUCUUCGGAACAGUGGUGACCAAGAUCGGCCACGAAGCCAAAGCCCACCUCACCCUUUCCUCAACCGGCGGCUCAGGAGGCGAAGGACCACGAAGCUACGUCCAAGUCUUCGCCAACUCGGGCCUCGCGUGUAUCCUCAUCGCAUUGCACGCCUACCUACUCAACAGCACACCUUUCAUCUCCUCGCAGCUAGGAAUCGCCGCUGGUCCACAUUUCCCCGCUUUGACGAAACUCCUCCCCAUCGGCAUCGUGGCUCAGUACGCCGCUGUUGCCGCGGAUACGUUCAGCUCGGAGCUGGGAAUCUUAUCGAAGCAGCAGCCGUUCAUGGUGACUGCGCCGUGGAAGAAAGUCCCGAAAGGAACGAAUGGCGGCAUCACGAUCGACGGGUUGAAGUACGGCGCUCUGGGAAGCUCGAUGUUGACGUUUGUUGCUUCGCUGGCGCUUUAUCUCUUGCCUCCGCAUGGGCAGAUGAACCCGCGUGCGUCGAUUUUGCUUAUCGUUGCGGGGUUGGCGGGGAGUGUGAUUGACAGUGUGCUUGGUGCGCUGGUGCAGGCGACUGUGGUGGAUAAGGGGACUGGGAAGGUCGUUGAAGGUGCUGGGGGCCAGAGAGUCAAGGUGUUGCAAGGUGGUAGUCGGGCGCAGGUGGGGAUUGAUUUGUUGACGAAUAAUGGCGUCAAUUUUGUCAUGGCUGCGUUGGCGAGUGUGCUGGCGAUGGGAGCGGCGCAUGUGCUUGAGGUCAGGCUGGUGAGAUGA